CUUGGAUAUAUGAUCAGACCUAACUCCGCCUGUUAUGCCGCCAUUUUAUCCCGCCUACUGGCGUGUAGUGGAUGAGCUCUGUGCUGGAUGAGAAAUAGACUCAACGAGUUGCGAAGAUAAACCAGCACCAAUCGGCCCACUUCUGUUCUGAUAUCGGCGUGUGGACAGCAACGAUAGAUCGUGAGAGGUGAAGAGCAAACCAAGCUGUUCUACUCAGUGAAGCAUCGGUAGCUACAAAAACAGCAAGCAAUGUCGAGCUUUUACCCUACAAUGAAGAUGAAUACCAGAUUCGGUGAAGAAGUGGACGAUAUGUACAAUAUUCAUGGCCACGUUGGCAAUCUCAGUCGGGCGGCAAUUUUGCAGAGUCUGAGAAAAAUUAUCAGUUCGAGAUUAGCUUUCCAGACAGAACAACCAUUCAACAUAGCAGAUUUUGGAACUGCAGACGGACAAGCUUCUCUGGCGCUCGUCAAUGAAAUUAUAGAUGUCAUACAAACAGAUUUUAGGAAGGAACAAGCCAUUGUCGUGUACUACAAUGAUCAACCGAUGAACGACUUCAAUCGGCUAAGCAAAGUCAUCCAAGGUGACAGAAAAGUCCGCGGCAAUAUCUAUCCCGUGAUCAUACCAAGGACUAUGUAUGAACAAUGUCUCCCUAACAAUUCCCUGGACCUGGCUAUUUCUAGUGUAGCUACACAUUAUAUGUCUAAACAAGUUUGUCAGAUAAAAAAUGGGAUAUCAAUUGCUGAUGCAGAUGACAAUGAACUAAGUUUGAUGAGAGAACAAGCCAAAGCUGAUUGGAGGUCUUUUGUGAUUUCAAGGGGACGGGAACUAAAACCUGGGGGUUUUCUUGUUACAAUGAACAUAUCUUCAGACGAUAGUGGCGAUGAGCCGAUGCUUGUAGAAAAGGGGGCCCUCCGCUUGGGGAGCUUUGUGUCCGAUAUGGCAAAAGAACGUGUAAUCACGAAAGAGGAGUACCUUGCAACUAACUUCAAUAGCAGCUAUAUGAGAACGCCUGCUGAAUUCAAGGAACCGUUUACCAGUGCCCUACCGGAAGUAAGGGAACUUAGAUUGGAACUGGUGUCUGUGAAAUCAAUAAAACACUAUCUGCAACACCCAACGUUUGAUAUUGUCAACAAAGACAAUACAGAAAAAAUGGAAUAUUCCCGCAGAAUAGUCGCUUCGAUCUACCCGUGGAUGCAUCACGUUCUUUACGGGGGAUUGUCCGUUUCCCGAACCGAGGAUAAGAAACAGGCCAUCGUUGACGAAUACUUUGACAGAUUACAGACGUAUGCGUUUGAUCAUGCAGACCAUAAGCCGUACCUGAUCUUCACAGAAGUUGUCAUAAAGAAAAAUCACAUAUAGUUAACAACGAAUAGUACUCACAGCAUUGGCAAUUUAACAACGACAUACAUAUCGUAAACCCAGCAACCACUCGUGGUGACAAAAUGUCGUAAUUUGAAUAUAUCAAAACAUUGAUCAUGAAUUGUAACAUUGAAAAGCAAUGUUGGUAGAUUAUUACUCAGAAAAAAAUCUUCUAACUUUAACUCACCAGCCAUAUAGUAAUGCACUAAGUUGGUCCCGUAUUCGCUUUACCUAAUUUUCAAAAUCUGUUUACGGGUAGUCUCCCUUUUCCUUAAUUCAUAAUCUUCAUAAGGUUGUAGAAAUCGCCCAAAAUGGAACAAAGUGACAUAACUUUGUAAAUAGCUGAGCACCAGAACCCAAUUAGCAUACGAUACCCCGCAUUCAAACAGCAUGCUUUGUGAACGUCACAAAGUAUGUCGGCAUGAUAAAACCCCCAGAAAAUGUAUCGGUAUUUAACAUGACAAACAUUGAUUAUCAAACCUUCAUGACUGUGAACUGUGCAUUGCCCAGGUUUGGCAUGCUUAACAAGUACUUGACCGGUAUUGAUAUUGCAUAAAAAAUGUUCUGUAGAAAGAAUUUACAUAUGGAUUUUCAAGAAGUAUAAAGUGGACAAUGUUGGAUAUAUUUUUGUGAACAUAUUGCAUGUUUAUGUAUAUCAAUAUGACAUAUUAAGUAUCAAAACAACAGUAUUGUUAUACACUAUACACUAACAUAAUACAUUUUUUAAAUUAUAUUCGACUGCGACAAUAAUGUGUCAAUUUUGUUAGGAUACUCCUUUCACUCAACCUGGUGUUAUGCAAGGAGGUCCACUACGGUUAUCAGUAGUUAUAAUAAAUAAUCACAUAUGCUGUUAUUGUUUCAAUUUAAUGUAUCUACAUAUGGCAAAACAUAAAAGAAAUUGAAGUGGGGGCCAAACGUUGACCCCACCUCUACAUAUUUUAUUGAUAAAAUAUUUGUAAAUGAUGCUAUUUUUGCAUAAAUGUGUGGCAUCGUUCUUAAUGGCUAUACAAUUUCAACCAAAAAAUAAUUACACAACGUUUUUUCCUUUUUUAAAAGUUUAUUAUGAAGGUCCUCAGAUACAAACGCAUAAGAAGUCAUUUUAGAAGAUUUUAUACAGAUCUGAAUUACUAAACACCAUUGUUGUAUGCAAGUUCGCAAUAUAACUUUAAAUGGUCAUUACUUUGAGGUGUUUGUCGUGCCCUCCUAAAAUGCCUUAAAACAUUUUUUUUUUUGUGUAAAUAAAUAUACGUUGUUUUAAAAUGAUACAACAUUAAACAUGUCUAUCAACACAAAAUCAACGUAACUUUAAUGGCCCACAUCAGUUACUUAGACCGGAAAUCGAUAAAAUAGAUCAGUAGAGAUACUUAUUCAUGCAAAACCAACAUUGAUACCAUUCGCAAAAGCUAUCAAUAAAACCUUACUCAAUGAACCAUCUCUCUCCCUCUUAGUAAUGUCUAUGUGUUUGCACUGAAUGUACAUAUAAGAUGAUAAUUUUUAUUGAUACAAUGGUGAUGAUGAUGAUAAUGAUGAAUGUUGGGGUGGUGAUAUUGAUUGCUGUCACGAUCAUGUUUAGACGAUUGUAAUAAAUGGUUUGGUUUGGUU